AUGCUUGGAGAGAAGUUCACGGCAAGGAAGGUAGCAGUAAAUUAUAAAUAUCUACAGCAGCGUGAGAGAUGGAAAAGACCACCAAAAAACACCCUUAAGCUGAAUGUUGAUGCUGCACUAUCUUUGGACUCUAGAACAACAAGUGCAGGCUCCAUAAUCAAGGAUCACAAUGGUCACUUUGUUGCUGCUAUGAUUGAGUCAGAUGCUCUAACUGUUAUUGAUAGUAUUAAUUCUCAUUCUGAUUGGACUUCUUUUGACCUCGUCAUUGAGGAUGUAAGACAAAUUGCUAAGAUGUUUCUUAAUAUUAGCUUUGCUUUUGCUAGACCUUCCGCGAAUAUGAUAGUCGCCCAUUGA